AUGGUUGUGUUUCUUUCUUUCUGUAUUCUUUUACCAAUUAUUAUCUUAACUUUAUUAAUUCUAAGAUUCAAAUAUCAAAAAAAGAGAACCAUCGCUUUCUUUCAUCCAAAUUGUUCUGCUGGUGGAGGAGGAGAAAUGGUAUUAUGGGUUAUAAUUAAAGUUCUUCUUCAUUCAUUCCCUAAUUAUUCUAUUGUUAUCUUUACUGCUGAUACGUCUCCAAAAGAUAAAAUAUUAGAAAAAGUAAAAUUAACAUUUGGAUUUGACUUCUUAGACUGUAAUAUUCAAUUCUAUCAAAUCAAAUAUAGUUAUUCUUUAGUUAUAAAAAAAUAUCCCUUUUUAACUUUAUUCUUCCAAGCAAUUGGUUCAAUGAUUUGUUGUUUUGAUGCAUUACUUAAAUGUAAUGCAGAAUAUUUCUUUGAUACUACAGGGUACGCAUUUACUUAUCCAUUUGCAUGGUUAGCAGGUGCAAAGAUUAUGACUUAUACUCAUUAUCCUACUAUAUCAACUGAUAUGCUUAAUGUAGUUCAAAAUAGAGAAGUUGGUAUUAACAAUACAAAUACAAUUGCACGAAGUUCAAUACUUUCAACUAUGAAAAUCUUGUAUUAUAAAGUAUUUGCUUAUUUUUAUUACUUAGUUGGAAAUUUAGCUUCUUUAGUCUUUGUAAAUGGAACUUGGACUAAAAACCAUAUUUCUCAAUUAUGGAAAAUUCAACCUCAUUUACUUUAUCCUCCAUGUGAUAUUAAUGCAUCUAAUCCAAAUGAAAAAAAUUCAUCUUAUCAUCUUAUCAUUUCUAUUGGUCAAUUUAGACCUGAAAAAAGACAUUUGGUUCAAAUAGAAGCUAUUAAUAUUUUAGUACAAGAACACCCUGAAAUUAAAAAUAAAAUAAAAUUCGUAGUUAUUGGUGGGGCUCGUGAUGAAGAAGACCUUAAACGUAAAGAAGAAGUUAUUAAAACAAUUGAGAAAGAUCAAUUAACUGACGUUAUUACAGUCCCUGAAAGUACUUCAUAUGAACAGAAAAUUGAAUAUCUUAAGAAUGCUGAGAUUGGUCUUCACACUAUGAUUAAUGAGCAUUUCGGUAUUUGCGUUGUAGAGUAUAUGGGAUUUGGAGUUAUUCCUGUUGCCCAUAAAAGUGCUGGACCAGAGUUAGAUAUUGUUGAUGAUCAGUGUGGUUAUCUUGCAACAACACCAAAAGAAUAUGCAGACGCUAUUUUCAAGAUUAUAAAUGACCCAGAAAAGGCUGCUCAAAUGAGACAAGCCGCAAUUCAAAAAUCUAAAAAGUUUUCUGUCUCAGCUUUUGAAAAACAUUGCGAAAAAGAACUACUUGAAUUUUUGAAAUAA